CAACAAACAUGCAGUAUUGUCCUAUCGACCUGUCAACAUCGCAAUUAUCGAAAGCACGAAGCUAACCCUACAUGAGAGUACACAAUGGCCGUCAGCGACAAUCUUCAGCGCUUCCCAUUAGAGCUGCGCACCCGGGUCUUCGCAGUUGUGGUUCCUGAAGACGGACCUAUCCGUAUCUGCCGGGGUGCUGCUGCGCCAGCCGUCACACGCGCAGCGGAAUGGCCUCGUGCGGAUGAAAAGAAUCUCCGCUCUGUCGAAGAGUUCCGGCCGUAUGAGGAGUCGUUAUGGCGGCGUUGUGAGCUCACGUCCUCGCAAGCUAAGGAUAUGCAGCACCCCGACAUUGUUGAUAGUUUUGUGCGUACCGCUAGCGACCCGAGCAAACCCACUCAACUGGAAGCAUGCCCAGGUCCAUACGAAAGCGCCUACGUACAGGCUGUUCAACACAUUCUCCGGUUAUCUACCAUGGUCGUGAAGCAACUCGGCGGGGCUAAUGGAGACUUCAGCGCGGCGGAGUCAGAUCGGAAGGCUCAGGCCGAGAAGUAUACAGACUCCUCAGACAAUGUCGUUACCGAAAUUGCGACAUUGGCUGGUAGAGCUAUCGCCGAGCGUGCCAUAGAGUUGCGUGGCGUCGAUAAUGCAAGUUCUAAUCAGGGAACGAACAACGAAGCUGCGGACGGGGAAGGCGUCAGCCCAGAAGGUGUAGGCGGCGAAAGUGUUGGCGGAGAAAGCGCUAGCGGAGAAGAUGAUGACGGGCAAGACCAUGACGGAGAAGGCUUCGAAUACGAUGCCGCGGACGAGGAAGGUUCGACUAUUGGAGGGUCUGAAGCCUCUGACGAAGAUUUCGGCGAUAAUGGCUCCCGCGACCAGGAUUCCGGGGAUGAAGCUUCCGACGAAGAAGAUUCCAACGACGAAGACAAUCCCAAUGACGAAGACGGUCCCAACGACCAAGACGACCCUGACGACGAAGACGGUCCCAACGACGAAGACAGUGCCAACGACGAAGACUCCAAUGACGAACUUUACGACGAAGAAGAGUUUGACGAUGACGACUCGGUGAAGGGAGACUCUGACAACGACUCUGCGGAUGGAUGUCCUGCCGAAGUCAAAGUCGACAAUGACGCGCUCUGUAGGGAUGAUGAGCACGUAGAGGACGGCACAAAGUAUAAUCUUCCGGUCCAAGGCCUCGCCCUCGGUGACGGCUUCCAUACAAACAAUGCAGUGCAUUAUGGAUCCGAAGUCGAGGGCUUUGCGCAACCUGUAGGGGAGACCGGCUGUGAUACAGCCUCCGGCGCAAAGGACCUGACAAUGCAGGGUGCACGUGCGGACGAUGAAUGGCGACAUGCCAACGACAUGAUGGCGACUGCGUCGCACGCCGCUGCUGAACCGGGGGCUCCAAUGUCGACUGUGUCUGCUAUUGCAUCUACCGCGACUGAUGAGAAGGAAGAGAGCGCACACAUCAGAGGUUUGCGGCGCGCAUUUGAUCUUGCCGACCGGGACCUCGAAGAAUACAUCAGCAAAGUCGGGCUACUCAAGGACGAUGAGAGGAAUAUCAUGGAGUUGGAGCGCGAAUUGCGUUUCACCCGCCGGCGGAUCGACGCCUCAAGAGCGCUCGAGAACGCGCUAGACAAGGAUGCAGAAAGAGAUCGCGCGGAAGAUCAAGAGGUUGCCAAGGACGGAGAUGAGUCGAUGUGCGACUCGGAUCACUCCGACAGCUUUUUCGAGCAUGAUGAUCAGGAGUCUACGAACGACGUAAAGGAUAACUGGCUCCGCAGGGGGCGCGAUUGCGGCGGCUCUGCCGAGCUCGAGGAGAUGAUCAAAUCGCGUCUGCUUGAACUUCCGUACUACCUUAGGUAG